AUGGCCCAAAACGAAGAGCUGAACACAAAAAGAGAAGGUAGCGCGAAAGACGAUAGCGACAGUCGUGAGGCGGUGGAAACUGUUAGAAAUGAAGUGAUACACAGCGGAUUUGGUGAAAUCGCUGUAUCGGAGACGAGAAAAUCGAAGAAGGAUGAACAACCGGAUAGUAGAGAGCCUGAGCUCGAAGAGAGAGAGCUCCAAUUGCAGGAAAGAGAAUUUGAGGAAGAAAGAAGAAAGAGGAUGGAAUGGAGAGAAAGGAUGGGAGAAAUGCAAAUUGAAUAUGAGAAACAGAUGGUGCAAAUGCAAGCUUCAAAAUCCCUUCAAAAUCCCAAAACAAUGACGAAGAAGAAGCCCAUGCGAUCAGCGAACGAGCCAAUGGAACUGCCAGAUCAUGAGGAGGAGAACAGAGAUUCAGAGCAACAACUCAAAAUUGUCUUGGAUAAAUCUGUGGAGAAGUCUCAGUUGCAGACGUUGAAAUCCCUGAACGAGCACCUUUCGAAGGAGAAAGUAUUGAUUGAAAAAGAAAAGAAAGUUUUAGAAAAGGAGAUCGAAAGGUUAGAGAAGGAAGUGGCUGAGCUGAGUGAGAGUUCCGUCUAUCUCAAAGAGGAGAAGGAAAAGAAUGGGAAGAUAAUCUCUCAUCUUAGGAAGAAAGUUGAAGAAUGUGUGGAGAGAGAGAAAGAUUUGUUCAAUGAGAUUGAGGGUCUCGUAGACGAGCUAGUGAGUGAUGAGAAAGAUAUAGAGAAACUGACUCAACAGAGAAACUCACUCGACGUGAACCUGAAUCAAGUCCAACAGGAGGUAGUGAAUUUACAGCAUACGAUUGAGACACUCUCUCGUGAUAAAGCUGAAAUGGAGGAAGCAAAAAUGGAAGUGGAAAAUGUCGUCGUGAACUUGCGAAGGGAAUUGAGUAAACUGAAAGAAGUCAUGAUGUUUGAAUCAAGCGUGGCUGAGAACGGGAGAAAUGAAGAGUUGGUGUCUCAGAUGGGUCGUUCUCGAGAAGAUCCAAAUGAAGUUUUAUUAGAGAAGGACAACCUUAUUUUGCCGCUCGAGGAAAAGGAGAGAAAAUUGAAGAAACCAUGA